CUUCCCCUCAUUUAAUUGUGAAAUUAUCAUUAAGGUUUUCUUUUCUCUUCCCAAAUAUCCCAUCCCCUCUCACUUCCCGACUAUGAUCCAAGGAACUGUGGAACUAGUACUUCUCGUGGUUUAUCCUGUCCCAUGCAUGCAAAAAUAAGAUUUCAAGAAAUUUAGUCUCGUCUGCUUUUUAGCAAAAAUAUGAUUUCAGUAAAUUUGAUCUCGUUUGCUCUCCUGGUGUAGUCUCUCCAUAAUAUUAGCUUGUGUCGUGCUCUCCAUAAUAUUUCAAUAUCCCACUGUACUUCUCUUGUUUUUAAGAAAAUGAAGUCGUCUGCCUCUCCCGACCCUUUCGGGUCUACGGAGAAUCACUGCAAAGCACCGAGAACGUUCCGAAGAAGAACGAACGUCUCAGGUCGUAGAAGAAGAUCGAAUGCGACAGGUGCUUUAAUGCUCUUCGGUGGAGGACUCCAAGUCUCAGAUCUCAUGACUCUCGCUAGUGGAGCCCCAACCAAUACUGGCCACGCGCAAUGUCCAUGCAUUACGCCCGAUGUUAACCCAUGGAAGGACGCAGGGAGUGGGAAAGUAAUUCUAACCUUGGAUCUACUUUAAAAAAUAGUUGUCCGUCAUCUAUAAUUUGCAUAUACUUAUAAUUUGCAUUUCCUUUGCACAAGUAGCUGUGCCUGCUGUGAAGUUUAGCUCUAGACCCUCAUACUUUGUUGUCUUAAAUCUUCUAUUUUCUUGUUCAGUUAAAAGCACGUGCCGGAUUGAAAGAUUACUUGUAUGACGCAAGCUACGGCUCAACGUAUUGUAGUGCAUGGGACUCCGAUAAGCCACCAACAUGUGCCUUAGCAGCUGGAACGGCUAUAGCGAACAGACCUGAUUGGUAUCUUCACAUGAGUCCUUAACUUGAUAUAUUUUAUUGUGUCUAGUAACGAGGAAAGUCGCUAUGCACGACUCGGACCCACCCAACAUCAUUAAAAAGCCAUCGGCGUGACUGUGAAAACUCAACAAUUUGAAUACUGUUUUUAAUCAUAGGUGUACCAAACAGUGGUGCUAUGUCGAUCAGAGCAAUUGUGCUGGCGCCUUCUCCGCUACUGCUGGAUCAUACUUCACGUCCGCAACCACCGUUGCACCACCUGGUGGCGGCGCCGCAGCGACUACGCUUUACUACAGUUACCAAACCUGCGGAGAGAGCAACAGCUUUGUAUCAUGGGAAAACCAGAACACAGAUGCCGGUCGCAUGAUCACCACAGUGGAGAACACGCUGAAGACCUUGAAGAGGGAACUCGAAACUCAUUGGGUGGAUUUGAACAAGAGUCUCAGUCCGAUCGACAAAUCACAAUGCACAGCGAGUUUCGAUUUGAAUUAUGAUGAAGGGGUUAUUAUACUUACUAAAUCUGGACCACUCCUUCUCCUGCAUCAGCACCCUAACAAGCCUUCUCCACCUCCUACACCAAGGCAACUCGUCAUGGUCUCCUCUAAUCUCCCACUUGUGUCGGCUGCCCUGCAGUCACGCCAGGCAGCAUAUGGAAUGGGGCGAGCAGCGCUAUAGAUUUCGACAAGACAGGAGCUUUUAUGAACGAUUCCACGGAUUUAGUUUUUCGGUGUAUGCAUGAUGCAGUUAAAACGCAAUUCUUGCGAGUAGCGAAUACCGAAUACGACAUGGCCGGGAAAAGUCGGAUCGCCUACCUAUACAUGGGUUUCAUGGAUAGUACUAAAACUAAUCUUUUUUUUAUCCUCUUCUACAUCUUACUAACUGGGUGUAGGUCUACCUAGUACUAGAAGUGAUUUUAUUGUCCUUGUCGAAUGGAAAAGCACUUCAUCUAUUUAUCUAUAAGAUAAAGAUUCUUUACAUGAUCAACAGAAGGUGAUUACAUUCAAUGGCCGGCGAUGCAGUGGACUAGAGGUACUUACGACCCUCGGUUUCGGCCAUGGUAUUCGAUGAUUGCCAGUGGGCCCAAGAAUGUCAUUGUGGUACUACUACUUCUACUUGUGGAUAUUUUUAUUUCAAAAAAAAUUUGGAAAGGACAACUGCCACUCAAAAGAAAGAAAGGUUAGAGGCAAGAUUACUUGGUUUUUGUUCCUCGGUAGUACACGGUUAUGCAUGUUGAUGUUACUUGUCGUUCUAAAUCUUGUCUUUGAAGAAGAAAAGAACGGAAGUACGAGAAACAUAUUCAUGCUGCGCAAGAACCCUCAACAACUGAAAUUUUCAGGUAAUCGACAUUUCUGGGUCUAUGUCACAGCAGAAUCGCUUUCCGCUCGCCAAGGAAGCAGCUCAGAAAGUGCUUGGGACGUUGACUUGGCUGGAUUACUUCACUGUGAUGGCGUUUUCUUCUAGCGUAAAAGGUUUAUCCCCGCAUCUUGUACCAGCAACACAGGACAACAUCAACAACGCGAAUAGCUGGAUCAACGCGCUGGCGACAGGAGGAACGACUAAUUUCCGGGAUUCAUUAUCAAAAGCGUUUGAAAUCGGCAAAAGGGCUGCGGUUUUUGAUUAUGAGAAUGGUGUUGAAGAUAUUUUUAGUGCGUUUUGAAAGUAAGGAGUCGGGGCACUUCCACUUAUUAUUUAUCAUGCUUGUUAUAUAGAUAUGACUCAGGGCCGAGCGGCCCCCUCCCCUCCCCCCCUGUGGUCUGGUCUGUGGUGGCGCGCCCGCUCGGUGGUCUGGUCUGUGGGGGGGGGGCGUCGCCCCGCGCCCUGGAACAUAUAUAAUCAUGCAGGAGAGAGUCAUUGCCAUGUCGUAACCGUGAUAUGUUCUGAGUGGUAAUGUUGAGGUUGCAGUAGAUUCUUGCAAAGUAUAGCUGCUGAUCCUUUGUAGAUGAAGUAAGUACUUACAACGCGAUCCCGAUCAAUCUAGCGCUAAUCCAAAGGCGGCAGCAGCGAUCCAGACCGAUGUUUCUCUGCGCAGUGCAAGACUGUCAUUCUCUUCCUCUCUGACGGCCAACCCGACAGCUGGGGAGGGAAUGAUUAUGCAACUCUAUCCUCUGAAGCUUCCGGAACGGACAUCAAGCUUUUUACCUACGCUCUUGGGAGUGGCGCAGAUACGUCUGUUCUGGCGCAAUUAGCCAGCAAUCAUCAGGGAGAGAUGAAGCAAGUCACGGAUGGAGGAAACUUGGUUCCAAUUUUUCAAUACAAUUUACAAUACAAUUAAUAAAUAUCGCACAAAGUUCAGUGCCGACUGCCUUAAGGGCGUCGUAGUGUUUCGCCACGCUGUUUUCCUUGAUGACCUGGCUGCGAAGAAUGUCUUUGAGUUGUAAUGAUGUUGUUGAGUUUCUCCUCCACCUUCUCAUUUCCAUCAUCUCUUUACACUCUUCAAUAAAACAAUCCUACCAGCCGAACAUAAUGGCAUCGUACUACAACUCGCUUGCGCAAGACCGGGAUAUCAACCUCGUACGGUGGAUGCGAUACAAGGAUAUUGUGUCCGGCACCUCUCUGCUCGCGGGUUGUGUCUCGAUCGAUGACACGAGGCCUAGCGUACCAUCGAAAACCCUUCUCGCAGUGGGUUGCAUGGAUGCAAAUGUCGUUGCCAGUCUGACACAGUUGGAGACUUUGACUGUUAAGAAUCUAACAAGUUGAACAGUCGCUCAUGAUCAUGAUAGAGUUCUUUAGGUUUAUCCACAAAUAAGAAACACCUACAGCAGAGUAGUUUAUAGCACGCAUGGUGCAUGGAGUAGCAUGGAGUGCAUGGAGCGCAGAGCUUUAAGGGGCGCAAGAAGCUCCCCCUUUAGCUCCGUGCUACUCCAUGUGAUCCAUGCACUCCAUGCCGUGCGAGCUGUGAAACCUUAUAAAUUGCUCUGCUACAGGAGACAUUGACUUCUCAUCCUAUGUUAAAUCUGACUGCUCAACAGUCAACAACAUCUUCUCCCUCUCCACCCAUUCCCACUCGCACUCCCGCUCCCUCUAAUACCUGCUACAUCGAUUUCCUGAAAAAGUACGAAGAAUCGAGUCGAAUGUGUGCGACUGGUGCCAACCCUUUCCUAGAGAUGACGAAUCUGCAAUGCUCUAGGAAAUGGGAAACUGUGAAGGCAUGCAGUGGUGGCGAAAAUUGUCUGGGUGAAGACGAGGACGAAGAUGACAGCGUGGAUGGUGCGAGGAUUGGGAUUAUCAUUUAUGAUUUACAACUAGGUACUAAAACUAAUUAUUUGAGCUUCUACUAGAGCUAGUACAGCUAUAAUAAAUUGCUAAAAAUAGAUUCCAUUAAAUAGAGCUGCACUGAAUUUACUCAUUGCAUUUGGUCUUUCUCUACUCAUGAUUCCCCCUCGUCCAGUCUUGAUGUAAUCCCUCAACAAUUUCAACAGCCUCUCUUCAACUAAAAUAUUAUACGUACCCUUUCUAAUCGCUUGGCGCCGUUUUCGCCGGAGUCGUUCUCUUGGGCGUCUGUUGCUUCGGCGCUGGUAAGAUCUGCAGCAAGUCCAAACAGAUGUCAACUCUACCAGGCUCUGCACCAGUGAGACCGAGUGGAGCCACUGCAGGACAGUACCAACAAAAUCAGUACCAAAAUCAGCAGUACCAACAUGGCGGAACAACAGCACAAUUCCAAAUGCAUUCGCCAGCGCCAUUUCAGCAGCAACAGAUGCACCCCGUCUACGUGGGGGGAGGCCAGCAGCCACAGCAUUUGUAUCACAGUCAGUUCGGGUCACCGCAGCCCUACGGCAACCAGAACCCGCAGUCAACGCCAGGGAGAGGCCAAGCAGAGCCGAUGAUUGUUGUUGUGGACAGGUCGAAGGAAGUGGCAUAG